CUUUGUAAUUCUGCAAUUUUAUCAUUUGGAUACGAAUUUUAGGGCAUCUUUCAAUAUUAUAAACAUAAACAAGUUUUAAUUUAUUGUUUAAAAAGAGACAUUUGAAGGUUGGUUACAAAAAUUUAUCACAAUCUGUAGAGUGAAAGAUUGCUUGAAGUGUAAUUAAGAAAACCCAUUAGAUUGAAGGGGUUGAUCAUACUCUUCUUCUAGACUACUUAGCCGUCCCAUAAAUGAGGGGGUUUCGUAUUGAUUAUAUCAUUAUCAUGAAUCUAUUCAACACACUAAGAUGAAGAUGAUGCCAAAAAUGAUUUUGGAUCUGUUGUAGAAACGACUCUUAAUCAAGUCAAUGAAAUCAUAAGUCUUUGUUCUUUUUCUUUUUUUCCCUGAAAGGCUGCCUUAAGUUAUAGCCAUUCGAUAGUCAAAUGGAGGACGACCCACUUGAGAGAUUCUUGAAGUUGAAGAAAUAUCAAAGAAAAAGAAGCCAAAACUGAUGUGGAAAAAGGUGAGAUUGAUGCAUGACUAGCCUUGCAAUCUCGAUCGAGUAUCAUACAAGACAGAAACUGACCCGCAUAUGGCGUGCAUCGAAAUUGAAAGCCAAAACACAGUCAAAUAGACACACGGACAGUAAAUAGAUAAGUAAGCAAGUUCCAAUUCCCUUUUAAUCGUCACUUCAAAAUCAGUACGAAACUAGAGCAUGAACGUGUUGGAUAAUCUUUUGUAUUCCAUUGGGGAGAAUACCAUAGUCGUGAUUAUCUUUUACCCUUAUUGAUAUGGGUGUAUCAUAGCUGUUAUUAUCUUUUGUACUCCCAUUAAAACCCGUAUUAGGUCUUAUUGGAGUCUAAAUAUGAGUUUCAAGCGAUUGGUUAUGUGGCUAUUGUAAUCGAGUCUUCUAACUUAUCAAUGAUAUUCCAAUCAUUUGAUAGGGAAAAAAAAAAAAAAGUGUUUGAUGAGUUUUACAAGUCUUUGUAUAAGGUGGGUAGGCUUAGCUAGCUGAUAGACCAAGAAAAGUAUGCAGGCUUUGAUAUCAAAUCCUUCAUUAUCAACCAUGAAAGCGAUCAUUAUGAACUUCCCAAGAACUACCCUACUUACUUAUUAUACUUGGGUAGAAUUUUCUCUAAAUGCAGAAUUCAGGGUUGGAGGCAAGACGAGGACUAAUAACCUAAUAGAGAAAUUGUUACAACAAUGACAUUAAUUCUUUUGGAGUCAAGUGUAAGGAAUUGGACGUGAUAAGAUGAAGAGACUUCAGCCAAUGAGAAAUUAAUUUUGGUAUUUAAUCACUGUUAUGUGACAUUAUGGUCAUUGUUAAAUGAAGACAUUUGAGACAACAUGAAUUUUCUGUGUGCUAUGUUAGCCUAAUCGCUUUUCAAGUCAAGUCAAUGGGGUUAUGGCUCAUCACAGACACCAGCAAACGCUAGUUUGUUCUUGACCACUUCAAGUCGUCGAUAUCCAUGGCUCUUGUGAAAGCAGCUGAUCCACAGACCUCCUCUUCUAAUGCUUCUCGAUAUUGUCGUUAUCACGUGUUCCUGAGUUUCAGAGGCCAAGACACUCGCAAGACUUUCACUGACCACCUCUACACGGCCCUUGUCAGCGCCGGAUUUCACACUUUCCGAGACGACGAUGAAGUCGAGAGAGGAGAAGGCAUCAAGCCCGAACUGCAGAAAGCAAUCAAACACUCACGAACUUCUGUCAUUGUGUUCUCGAAAGACUACGUGUCGUCCCAAUGGUGCCUUGACGAGCUGGUGAUGAUCCUUGAACGCAAGAGGAGGACCUCAGAUGACCAUGUCGUUUUGCCUGUCUUCUACGAUGUGGAUCCAUCUCAUGUAAGGAAGCAGACAGGAAGCCUUGCAAAGGCAUUUGCUAGACACCAAAAAAGUCAACCACUGCAGAAGGUGAAGGCAUGGAGGGAGGCACUUGCAGAGGUUGCAGAUCUGGCAGGGAUGGUCUUGCAAAAUCAAGCUAAUGGGUACGAGUCAAAGUUUAUCAAGAAAAUAGUUAAAGUGAUUGGAGACAAACUAAGUCGCACACCAUUGAGUGUUGCUCCCAACUUGGUUGGAAUGCAUUCCAAAGUCGAAAGAAUUAAUUUCUGGUUACAACGCAGGUCGACUGAUGUUGGCAUACUUGUAAUCUAUGGGAUGAGUGGAAUAGGGAAAACAACCAUCGCAAAGACUGUUUACAAUUCAAACUUUAGAAUAUUUGAAGGAAGCAGCUUCCUUGAAAAUAUCAAAGAAGUUUCACAGCAACCCAAUGGCUUAGUUCAAAUACAAACACAACUUCUUUCUGACAUUUUGAAUGGGACAAAAAUGAAAAUAAGCAAUGUUAGUGAGGGAUUAAUUAAGGUUGAAGAUGCAAUAAGCUCUAAAAGGGUUCUUCUUGUUCUCGAUGAUGUGGAUCAUAUGGACCAAUUAGAUGCAGUACUUCGAAUGAAAGAUCGAUUUUACCCAGGAAGUAAGAUCAUCAUAACAACUAGGCAUGCAAGACUGUUAAGGGCUCAUCAAGUUACUGAAGUGUAUGCAGUUGAAACUUUGACUCAAGAAGAAUCAUUGGAGCUCUUUAGUUGGCACGCUUUUGGCCAAGACCAUCCCAUUGAAGAUUACAUAGAAUAUUCAGAGAAGCUAGUCGAUCAUUGUGGAGGACUUCCAUUAGCUCUCAAAGUUUUAGGUUCUUCUUUGUUGGGGGGAAGUAUAUGUCUAUGGAAAAGUGCAUUGGAGAAGUUAGAAGCUAUUCCAAAUGGUGAAAUAAUAAAUAAACUAAGAGUAAGCUACGACUCUUUGCAAGAUGACCAUGACCGAGAAUUAUUCCUCCACAUUGCUUGUUUCUUUGUCGGAAUGGACAAAGAUAACAUUGUUAAAAUACUAGAUGGAUGUGAUUUCUAUACAAUUGUUGGCAUUCAAAAUCUCGUCGAUAGAUGUUUGGUGACAAUAAUUGAUGGAUGGGACAAGGUGCAUAUGCACGAUCUGAUUCGUGGAAUGGGAAGAGAAAUUGUUCGCCUAGAAUCAAAAGAGCCUUGGAAGCGUAGUAGAGUAUGGCAUCAUAAGGACUCUUUCAAAAUCUUGACAAAAAAGAAUGGUACAGAAACAAUUGAAGGUCUUGCCCUAGACAUGCACAUGUGCCCUACAAACAGUCCCAUAAACUCAAAUGAGAAAGUCUUGGAAACCAAUGCAUUUUCAAGGAUGCACGAAUUAAAACUACUCCAUCUCAGUCAUGUAAAACUCAACGGAUGUUAUGCAGAAUUUUGUACCGGAUUAAGAUGGUUGUGUUGGCUUGAAUUUCCUUUGGAUUCUAUACCCACCGAUUUUCCAGUGGGCAAUCUGAUUGUUCUUGAAAUGCAGUAUAGCGGCUUGAGACAAAUCUAUGAAGGAACAAAAUGUCUUUGGUCCUUGAAGAUCCUUGAUCUCAGCCAUUCUCAUUCCUUUACAGAAACCAUUGACUUCUCAUAUUGCCCAAAUCUAGAGAAGUUGGUUCUAGUAGACUGUACAAGCCUGAUUUACGUCCAUGGAUCCAUUGGAAACCUAGAGAGACUUAUUUACUUGAAUAUGAAAGAUUGCAAAGCCCUUAGGAUGCUUCCCAAGAACAUUUGUGUGCUAAAAUCACUUGAAACAUUUAUUAUAUCUGGUUGCUCAAAUCUUAAUGGGUUAUCAAUUGAGAUGUUGAGGAACAUGGACUCGUUAAAAGUGCUUGAGACAGAUAGAAUUUCGAUAAGUGAAUUAUGGCUAGAAAGAAGUUCGAGUAUCUUGGGUUCUUUACCAUGCUCUUUAGUAGAAUUAAGUCUUUGGGGGUGCAACCUUUCGGAUGAUGCCUUUCCUAUGGAUUUUAGUCAUUUGUCCUCAUUGCAGAGACUAAAUCUAGGGAAUAAUCCAAUUGGUUGCCUGCCAAAUUGUAUCAAAGGAUUAACAAGGCUCCAUGAACUCUCUUUUUACAAGUGUACAAGUCUCAAAUCGCUUCUCAGGUUACCAAAACUAAGCGACUUGGAUAUCACCAAUUGCAUAUCAUUGGAAAAAAUAACGUAUCAAUACCCCCGUUUAGCCUGGGAAGGCUGCACCAAAUUUGGUUGCAACUACAACCUAGUUGAGUGGGAGUACAGGUACAAGUUACAACCCAUUGGAAGAGUAGAUGUAGAAAUGAUCAACCUCUUGGGAUUGUGCAACUUGUUGGAAUCCAUGGCACCCAUACGGAUGUACAUGUACACAUCACACGGAAAUUUACAAGAGGAUGAUCCAAUUCCUGUCCAGGGACUGUACGAACGUGGUAUAUUCAGCACAUUUUUUGGUGGGAAUGAGGUUCCAGGCCAAUUCAGCCAUAAAAGCAGAGGGUCCUCAAUAUCUUUUACUGUGCCAUUACUUGAUAAUCACAGAACUUGAGGCUUGAUUGUCUUUGUUGUCUAUGUGAAUGCUGACUAUGAUUCUCCUAUUGCCCACCACAGUUAUUUGUCACAUAUAAUGGUAAAAAAUAAGAGCAACGGUCUGAGGGGGGCGUAUUGCCCAUCACACUACGGUAUUCCAGGUGAAGGAGAAGACAUGAUAUGGUUAAGCCACUGGAAUUUGGAUGAUCAGUUACAAGGUGGCGAUGAAGUGGUUGUUUCUGUAAUUAUGAAAUCUGGGCUUCUGGUAAAGGAGUUGGGCAUCCGACUUGUGCAGAUGCAACAAGAAGAGAAUCAUAAUAUGAUGAGUAUUUCCACAGAUUCUUCUUCUGAUGAUCGAAUAUGGUAUAAUAAGCGCCUUGGGGACUCUGAUGAAGAAGAUAAGAGAGAGGAGGUUUUCUCUCGUUUUGUAUGUUUACCAGACGAAGAAGAAGAGCAACAGGAUGAUAUCACAGCUGCAACCACUACAGGCAGCAAUAACUCCGGCGAACUCCAUGGCUGGAAGGUGCUCGCAGCUUGUUUCUGUUGUCCUGUUGGUAUGAAAAUGUAGCUGUCUUCUCUCUCACGCAGAAAGAAGCGACCGUCCACAAGCCCCGGAUGAAUUUUUUGUACAUCUCAACAGCAGACUCUGUUUUUGCAUACAUCCAAUGUCAUUUCGUAGCAUCAAAUGCAUCUUCUUCGGAGAUAUUUUUAUUGACCCCAUUUGUUCAGUUUUAACAUGUCUUUGGGCUGGAAAACUGAAGUGGCCCAACCCAGAUUGUGAGAUUAGCAUCUGCAUCUGCUCUGUUGAUAUAUUUUGUGAAAUUUUCUUUAAAUUGUGAAAAUAAAGGAGAUAUAAUAUGUGAAGGGGUCUAAGUUCUAAGUUUGGUAUUUUAAAUUGUGAAAGGUUUUAGCGCAUUGAGUCUAACUUAACUCUGUUUAUAUUCCUUUGAUUUUGUCUCUGUUUUGCCCCUUCUCGUUUAGGUUGUUCAAUGACAUCAGAUUUCGACCCAAAAAAAAAAAAAAACAUAAUAUCAUCUAGUAAGAAAUUAAAAGACAUCUUGAUUUCCAGUGGAUUGUCCCUUAUAUGAUAAUCUAACUUUGAUCAUUAGAAUUUAAAGAACCCCCUUGACUAAAAAUAAUUACCUUUUUUUUUUCUAUAUAUUUAAGGAGCAUUUUUAUUCAACUCUUUAACCCAAUGUAUAUCCUCACAACCAUGAUAUUAUUAAACUUACACAUCAUACAUUAUAUUAAGCCACCUAACUAACACACUACAUAAUAAAUAUUAUCUGUAUUAUUAAGCUUACAUAUCAUACCUUACAUCGAGCCACCUACACACCACACAGUCUUCAUUUUCUCUCAAAGUCCAAAAGCUUGCCCCUAAUAAAUUCUAAAAUCAUCGGCUUGAGGGCUCCACGACAUGUUUAUAACACAUGUCAACAUGACUUUUUAUAUGUAAUGCAUCUCCAACUGCUUGUACUGCUUUUGUUUAAUUUCUCUUCUCUUUUCUUUUUCUUUUUUUUCUUUUUUGCCCAAAGCCAUAUUCCUAUUGAAAUUUUUGUUUUUUGUUUUUUUUGUUUUGACAAUAAAGGACUACAACUUGUCAGUACUGUCACCAAUUAGCUACCUUAAAAAAAAGCAAAAGACAUGAUAUGGUUAAGCCUCUGGAAGUUGGAGGAGCAGGUUCACUUAGAAGGUGGCGAUGAAGUGGUGGUUUCAGUAAUAAUGCAACCUUGGCAUCAGGUCAAGGAGUUUGGCAUCCAGCUUCAAGAGAAUCAUAAUAUGACGACUGUUUCCACAGAAUCUUCUUAUUAUCCAUGUGUCAUGAGUGGAGAUUUGGAUCAAUAUCAGCCAGGAGUAUACUUGAUUUCCGGAAGAGAUGAACCAAUACAAGAUCCGAUUUGGUUUAAUAAGAUCCUUGGGGACUCUGAUGAUGAAGAUACGACAGACAAAGAAGAAGAGAAACAUUAUGAUCAAACAAUUGCAGCCACGACAGGCAGCAGCAACACUGGCAGCCUCCGUGGCUGGAAGGUGAUCAUCACCGCCACUUGGAAGUGUUGACGCAGAAAUGAUCAACCUUUUGGGCUUGUCCAACUUGGAAUCCAUGGCACCCAUUCGGAUGUGCAAACGAUCUUGGAUGUCAAGAAAUUGGAGGAACCCUGAUUGGAGUCCCGUCCAGGGACUGUAUGAAAAAUAUAUAUUCAGCACAUUUUUUGCUGGGAAUGAGGUUCCAGGCCAGUUCAGCCAUAAAAGUUCAAAGUCCCCGAUAUCUUUUACUGUGCCUCUACUUGAUAAUCACAGAAUUCAAGGCUUGAAGGUCUUCGCUGUCUAUACAAAAUUGUACGCCAAUGAGUUCACUAAUCGUUCUGCUAAAGGUUCACCUGAGCUAAUAAUUACUAGUGUCAGUAAUAAGACCAAGGGCCGGAAGUGGAUAUAUUGCCCAAUAUUCUACGGUAUUCCAGGUGAAGGAGAAGACAUGAUAUGGUUAAGCCACUGGAAAUUGGGGAGGUUCGCUUAGAUGGUGGCGAUCAAGUGAUAGUUCCUGUAAUUACGAAACCUUCUCUUCAGGUAAAGGAGUUUGGCAUUCAGCUUGUGCAGGUUUCCACAGAUUCUGAUCAUCCAUGUAUCAGGAAAUAUAAGCCAGGAGUAUACCACCCUCUGUGGAUCAGCACAAAGUCCGAUUAGGUUGAUUGAGCUCCUUGAGGACUCUGAUGAUGAAGAUACUAGAGGUGUCUUGUUUAUUAACGCAUUUUAUGAUAACGUACAACAAACAAGUGUUGUUAGUUGUACCAUAUUUACCGACCACCCUCUCUAAUACACGUGAUUCACAUGAAGUCACUUCUAUUCGAUAAGUGGUCAAUAAAUAUGAUACAAAUAGCAUUCCAUGACGAAAUUUCCUCAGAUUUGUUGGGAUUUACUAUUUUUGUAUGUCGUUCAGAUGAAGAAGAAGAGCAAAACGAUCUUCACACAAUUGUAGCCAAUAACUCUGGUGGUCCUCGUGGCUGGAAGUUGCUCAUCACCGCCGCUUGCUUCGUUCUCACACUUUCUCUUAUCACUCUCUCUCACAGAAAGAAGCCAGAGUCCAAAAGACGUGGAUGAAUUGUUUGUACGGGAACAGCCCGGUUGAGUUGCUUUCUACCUUCACAUAGAUUACCAUCAAACUCUCGUUUUGCAUAUGUCCCAUGUCUUCCCUUCCUAAGACCUUUUCAUUUUAGGUCUUUGAACAUAUACCAUGGGCAAUGUUCCCUUAGAUUCUUAGUGCAAUUCAUUUACAAAA